GCACGAACUUCCAACUUUAACGAACCUGCACGAAGCUUUGAAGGAAGACAUUGACUUUAUCGGCAGUAAAAGUUUGUUAAGAAAGAUUAUCAGGGAACUUGGAUUUAGAUGGAAGAGAACGAACAGUCAGAGAAAGGUGUUAGUGGAAAAGCAAAGUGUGGUGGAGUUACGGCUGAAGUAUUACGCGAAGAAGAAACAACUUGAAGAAGCUGGCUAUGACUUCGUUUACAUUGAUGAGACUUGGGUAGACACAAGUCAUACAGCUAAGUAUUGCUGGCAGGCACCCGGCAUGGAUGGUGUUACAACCCCUGUGAGCAAGGGGCAAAGACUGAUUAUUGUGCACGGUGGUUCAAAUGAGGGUUUUGUUCCAGGGGCGCUUCUUAUCUAUAAAGCGUCUAGCUCUUCUGGAGACUAUCAUCAUGAAAUGAAUGGGGAAAAUUUUUGUAAAUGGAUGCAAGAAAAAUUGUUACCAAAUAUUAAAAAGAAGAGUGCGAUUGUUAUGGACAAUGCAUCUUAUCACUACGUUCAGUCCAGCAAAUGUCCUAAUUCUUCCACUCGGAAAGCAGAUAUACAGAAAUGGUUGACGGAGCACAAUAUACAGUAUGAUCCAGCAUUGCUUAGACCCCAGCUCCUGGCACUAGCUAAAAUGAAUAAACCCGAGCCAGCAUAUGUCAUUGAUGCCAUUGUCAGAGGUUAUGGGCAUGAAGUUCUAAGAUUGCCGCCGUAUCAUCCGGACCUUAACCCUAUUGAACUGAUAUGGAGUCAGGUGAAGAGCAUCAUCGCAUCCAGAAACCUUACAUAUAGGUCUGCUGACCUUGUUCAAAUAGCAAAUUCGGCAUUUGAAGAGAUAGGUGCUGAUCGCUGGAGGAGAGCCUGUGUCCAUGCUCAAAAAACAGAAAUAUCUUAUAGGGAGACAGAUAUUGUUGUUGAUGUUGCGAUGGACAAUCUGGUCAUUGACUUAGCUGAGGACAGUGAUAGUGACGAAACCGAGAGUGCUAGCGAGGGAGAAGAUUAG